AUGGUCGCGCCACCGACGGACAAUCCGUCACCUCCGCCUCUGACCACCAACCAGCCACCCUUCACCUCGCUUCCACCACCACCAGUACAAGCACGAAUCCCGCGCCAGCCUAUCCGCAUCAUCGUGCUAUGCGACGGCACCGGUCAAGCACGCAACUGGGUCAAAGCAUCCCUGAACACAGCCACGCAACGGAGAGGUCCUUUCUCUGGACGACGCUCUUCGCUAGCCGCCUCCGACCACGAUGACCGCACGUGCGUUCCACCCGUCGAUCGAGGAGACGUUGCGUCCUCCGCAGCACGCCAGCGUCGCAAGAACAAAUCCAAGUCGUCGGCUUCAACAGCGACGCCAUCACCCGCAGCUGAAUCCGGGGAGUUCUUCACAAACGUAGCGCUGCUCGCCAAGUGCAUCGCCAGCUCGUCCGGCGUCGCCCCCACCUCUCCCACCACCUCCUCACCCACCCUCGACUCCGCUUCACCCGGCGUCAUGCCUCAGAUCGUCUUCUACCAAUCCGGCAUCGGCACGGGCACCGGCAAAAUCCAAAACCUCUUCGAUCAAGGAACCGGCCUCUCCCUCGGCUCCAAAAUCCAAGAAGCCUACAGCUUCAUCGUCGACAACUACCAGCCCGGUGACGAGCUCUUCUUCUUCGGCUUCAGCCGAGGCGCCUACACGGCCAGAUGCAUCACGGGCUUCAUCAAUUGGUGUGGAGUGUUGAGUAAAGUUGAGAUGACACACUUUGCGGAUAUCUGGUCGGCGUACCAGAAGAGGGAUCCGGAUGAUGUGGCGAGCGAGAGUGCGGCGGCGGAGGUGCUGUUCGCGGCGACCAAGAGGUAUCCGAGCAUCGAGAGUGAAGGGUUUGCGACGAGCACGUAUCAGUGGAAUUUGUCGAAGAACGAUCACCUGUCGGAACAGGCGAGGACACAGUUCAUGGAGGCGAGGAGGAAGGAGUUGGAAGAGAGACGCAAGCACAUACAGAUCGUUCCGCCGCAGAUCAAAGUGGUGGGUGUUUGGGAUACCGUCUCCGCCCUUGGGUUCCCGGGGAUGUUCCAGGAUAAUGCCAUGAUCGACUUCUUCGACUUCUACGAUCCCGGUCUCGGAAGCAACAUCCAAUUCGGCUUCCACGCUCUCAGCCUGGAGGAGGAUCGAAAAGAUUUCCUACCGACAAUGUGGUAUCAACCCAGCGUCAACGAUACACCCAAAGCCUCGUCGGAGCAAUUCGGCGUCCGGGGGAAACACAUGCGGUCCAAACAGCUGCUCAAACAGUGUUGGUUCCAAGGAGCACAUUCUGACGUCGGAGGUGGGUACCAGUAUCACGGUCUGAGCGAUCUGACGCUCAUCUGGAUGGUCUCCCAGCUCGUCGAUCCGCAAACCCUGCCGGACGGAAGCACAACCCUCCGACCUCUGCUCAACAUCGACAUCGGUCUGCUAGCAACCAUCCUCGAUCGACGUCGAGAAUGGGCCAUGCAGCUGGCGCACAAGUCGCGCCCCACGAUUAACUAUCAAAAGUUCCGCACCGUCAACCAGCGCAAGUUUGACGAGGAUACGAUGCGACGCAGCGUUUGGGAAAACAUGGCGUUGACGGGGAGGACCAACGAAUCGAUCCACGCUUCGGUGGUGAGAGGUGGACGGAUCGAUGUCAACACCCACCCGGCGUUUGGACAGAUGCGGGAGCUGGAUCGGCAAGGGUUGGAUAGGCUGUGGGCCGAGGCGCAGGAUUGGGAGAGCGCGUUGCGGCCGACGGAGAAGCUGUUGUAUUGGGAUCGGAGGGCACCGUAUCCGUGGAUUGCGGGCGUGGGGGAUGCCUAUCUGAACCCGUUGCUGGCGCCGCUGACGUUGAGUGGAGGGUGGUUCAUCCCUGAGUUGGAGGGGACGGGGAUGAGGGACGUCGUGAUCGGCGUGGCGCAGGAGAGAAAGGCGGCAAAGUCGAUGGAUGGCGAUACUCCACCUUCCGUCGACCCAUCCGAUUCGACCACCACCGGUUCCCCGCAUCUCACCCUUUCCCUCACCACCACCUCUCUACCGUACAUCCCCCUCAUCCCCUCCAAAGAGCUCGGCGAAAACCCCAUCGACCCAACCCACCACCCGCACCUCUACACCCUCUGGAACCACCUCAACUCCCUCUCCACCAUCCCCAACGCCCUCCUCACCUACCUGUGCAACCUCUCGAUCAUCGACGACACCAACCUCAACCUGACCAAAGUGCAGGACCUGCUGUGGACGUUGGGCGAUAAAGUGGGUGGGUACGAGGAGGCGGUCAAGAGGCAGGCGCUGCUGGCUGGGUUGCCGGCGGAGAGGGAGGGGAAGAAGGGCAGGGAGCGAAGGUUCGGUAAGAAGGGCAGGAAGGAUUCGUCGACAACCGAGUCGGGGUAA